CCCCGAACUGCCCGGGCCGAGUCGCGGACUCCCGCCUCGUUUCGUGUGGGACGCAGCUGUGGCUGCCCUUCCUUCGUUCCCAUUUGAGAAGGAUGUGGCGCGUUGCGUUGCUAGCGUCUCGCCUCCCCUCGUGGGUCUGAAGUCGGAGUUUGCAUCUCUGUGCUGUCAUCAAAAAAAUUGGAGUUUUCGUCAGUUUGCUUAAAUUCUCGAAGCCUCAGUCUCCUGGUUUUGGGUUUCUUUUUUUUCGGUGCUGACAAUCGAACCCAGGGCCUUGCAGUUGUUACGCUAGCGCUCAUCCACUGAGCUAAAUACCCAACCCCGCAGGCUCCGAUUUUUUUUGAGAUGGUUUUGCUGUAUGUAGCCGAAUAAGGCCUCGAAGUCAGUAGUCUUCCUGCCUCUGUUUCCCACGUGCUGUGAUCACAGAAAACAUGAGUGGUGAGUAUAGAGGCAGAGGAUUUGGGCGAGGAAGAUUCCAGAGCUGGAAAAGAGGAAGAGGUGGUGGUAACUUCUUAGGAAAGUGGAGAGAAAGAGAACACAGAUCUAACCCAUGUCAAACAGCAGGAAAACAUGCUUCUGAACGAACACCGCAGCCUUUGCUUCUACAGUCAACAUUGGAUCAGUUCAUACCAUAUAAAGGCUGGAAGCUUUAUUUCUCUGAAGUUUACAGUGAGAACUCUCCUUUAAUUGAGAAGAUUCAAGCAUUUGAAAAAUUUUUUAAAAGGCGGAUUGAUUUAUAUGAUAAGGAUGAAAUUGAAAGAAAAGGAAGUAUUUUGGUGGAUUUUAAAGAGCUGACAAAAGAUGAAGAAAUAGCUACCUUAAUGCCAGACAUAGCAAACGACCUAAGGAAUGCUCCUGAGAAAGCCUUGGCUUGUAUGGGCCUAGCAAUACAUCAGGUAUUAACUAAGGACCUUGAAAGGCAUGCAGCUGAAUUGCAAGCCCAAGAGGGAUUGCCUAAUGAUGGAGAAACAAUCAUAAAUGUACCACAUAUUUAUGCAAGAGUAUACAACUAUGAGCCCUUGACACACCUCAAGAAUAUUCGUGCAAAUUGCUAUGGAAAGUACAUUGCUCUAAGGGGAACAGUGGUUCGUGUCAGUAAUAUAAGACCUCUUUGUACCAAGAUGGCAUUUGUUUGUGCUGCAUGUGGAGAGAUUCAGAGUUGUUCUCUUCCAGAUGGGAAAUACAGUCUUCCCACAAAGUGUCCUGUGCCCGCAUGCCGAGGGAAGUCAUUUACUCCUCUGCACAGCUCUCCUCUCACUGUGACAAUGGAUUGGCAGUUGAUCAAAAUCCAGGAGCUCAUGUCUGAUGCUCAGCGAGAAGCAGGUCGGAUUCCACGAACAAUAGAAUGUGAAUUUGUUCAUGACCUUGUCGAUAGCUGUGUUCCAGGAGACAUAGUGACUAUUACUGGAAUUGUCAAAGUCUCAAAUGCUGAAGAAGGUUCUCGAAAUAAGAAUGACAAGUGUAUGUUCCUUUUGUACAUUGAAGCAAAUUCUGUGAGCAAUAGCAAAGGACAGAAAACAGAGACAUCUGAGGAUGGCUGUAAACCUGGAACGUUGAUGGAGUUCUCACUUAAAGAUCUUUACGCCAUCCAGGAGAUUCAAGCUGAAGAAAAUCUAUUUAAACUCAUUGUUAACUCACUGUGCCCUGUCAUUUUUGGUCAUGAACUGGUUAAAGCAGGUUUGACAUUAGCACUGUUUGGAGGCAGUCAGAAAUAUGCAGAUGACAAAAACAGAAUCCCAGUUCGAGGAGACCCACACAUUCUGGUUGUUGGAGAUCCGGGCUUGGGAAAGAGUCAAAUGCUACAGGCAGUAUGCAGUGUUGCUCCACGUGGUGUGUAUGUCUGUGGUAAUACCACAACCACCUCUGGUCUGACUGUAACUCUUUCAAAAGAUAGUUCCUCUGGUGAUUUUGCUUUGGAAGCUGGUGCCCUGGUACUGGGUGAUCAAGGUAUUUGUGGAAUAGAUGAAUUUGAUAAAAUGGGAAACCAGCAUCAAGCCUUGUUAGAAGCCAUGGAACAGCAAAGUAUUAGUCUUGCCAAGGCUGGUGUGGUUUGCAGCCUCCCUGCAAGAACUUCCAUUGUUGCGGCUGCCAAUCCAGUUGGAGGACACUACAAUAAAGCCAAAACAGUUUCUGAGAAUUUAAAAAUGGGCAGUGCCCUGCUCUCCAGAUUUGAUUUGGUCUUCAUCCUGUUAGACACCCCAAAUGAGCAGCAUGAUCAUUUGCUUUCUGAACAUGUGAUUGCUAUAAGAGCUGGAAAGCAGAGAACUGUUAGCAGUGCCACAGUAGCACGUGUGAAUAGUCAGGAUUCAAAUACUUCUGUCCUCGAAGUGGUUUCUGAGAAACCAUUAUCAGAAAGACUUAAGGUGGUUCAUGGAGAAACAAUAGAUCCCAUUCCUCACCAGCUAUUGAGAAAGUACGUUGGCUAUGCGCGACAGUAUGUCUACCCAAGACUCUCCACAGAGGCUGCUCAGGUUCUUCAAGAGUUCUACCUGGAGCUUCGCAAACAGAACCAGCACUUGAAUACCUCACCUAUCACUACCAGGCAGCUGGAAUCUUUGAUUCGUCUAACAGAGGCACGAGCAAGGUUGGAAUUGAGAGAGGAGGCCACUAAAGAAGAUGCUGAAGACAUAGUUGAAAUUAUGAAAUACAGCAUGCUAGGAACCUACUCUGAUGAAUUUGGGAACCUAGACUUUGAACGCUCUCAACAUGGCUCUGGAAUGAGCAAUAGGUCAUCAGCAAAAAGAUUUAUUUCUGCUCUCAACAACAUUGCUGAAAGAACUUACAAUAAUUUAUUUCAAUUGCACCAACUUCGUCAGGUUGCCAAAGAGCUGAACAUUCAGGUUGCUGAUUUUGAAAACUUCAUUGGAUCACUGAAUGACCAGGGUUACCUUUUGAAAAAAGGCCCAAAGGUUUACCAACUUCAAACCAUGUAAAAGAACUUGCUGAAUGACCAGGGUUACCUUUUGAAAAAGGGCCCAAAGGCUUACCAACUUCAAACCAUGUAAAAGAACUUUACCAAAUUAGGGCUUCCCGUCGUUUAUUGACAUUUCAAAACCGUUUUAAUAAUAAACUCCUCUCUUCAAAAGAAAAAAAAAAGGUCUCUGAAAAAUGAAACACAAGCACA